AUGUUUGGCCAGAAACUGAAUCAGAGGAAUCUGAACCAUCUUGUUCAUGAGAGAGGCCUGAACGGUAUCAACGUUGCUCCAACCAAUUUUGUAUCCUCGGUAACUUCCUUUGAAUCCGAAGUACAACCUGAACAGCCACAACACCACUUGGAAAUGUUCCCAUUCGGGAGAGAGGCACUUCCAUCCUCUUCCUCCUCUUCGGUUGUGGACCACAACGUAAUCCCAAAGAAACCUGUUCUUGUACAGAAUGGGCAAGACUCACCUAUGUCCCUUUCCAACUUGUUCUCACCUUCAAUGGUAUCGAGUAAUGAAACGAGUGGUGUGUAUUGCAAGAAUAGCAGGUAUUCUUCCAAUCAACAAAUUGAAUUGUUUUCAUCCACACCAUGUCAACCACAGCCCCAAGCUCUGAACACUCACCAUCUGAAUUACGAGAGGUCUCGAACCGAGUUCAAUCAUAACCCUAAUUCAGCUGCCGAGAUCACAUGCACUACCAGGAAUGAAAGAUUCAAAAACACCAACAGUCUUGAUGAUACACUAUUGGCAUGCUAUACUCCAUCCACCAUCAUGAGGCACAACAACCCUUCUUCUUCUCUCAUCACCAAACCAAAGAGAGCUCAAAGUAACAGAACUCCUAGAGCAUGUGUCGAGUGCAGAAAAGCUCACAAGAAAUGCGACCAACAACGACCGUGUUUUCGAUGUGUUUUGAACGGUACUGAAGAAUUGUGUGUCGAUUGUGAUACGGGUCGAAGAAGAGGAAGGAAACCCUUAAAGAAUAGUGGGAAUUCGUUGGCCACAGUGCACAUGUUUAGCACCAAGUCACUCUCGCAAUUAUCGUCAUCAUCCACAACAACAACAACUACUCAAUCGAGUAGUAGUGGUAGUAAUGAAAGUAAUAGUAAUACCCUCACUGCACUUCAGAGUCCCGUGGGAAGUAAUUAUACAUCAUUGGAGCAACAACAAUUUGAGAGUCCAAACGGUCAUGUCAUUCCACAAAUGGUCACCUCAAUUCCAUUAAACUCAACAGUGAUGUCAUCACAGUUGAGCAACCAGAAUGGGAGGUUCUCAAACAAGUCAUUGAAUGUCAUGAACGAGCAUAGCCACAACUAUCACGAUCAACAUGAUCAUCAUGCAGAGUAUUCUCCAAAUGCAAAAAUUAUCAAUCCACAUGUUCCAACAUUACAUGACAUGAAUAUUUUCCAUCAUGAUGGAGAAUCUAUGCCACAGAGAACAUUAAUGACACCUUCAUGGAGUGUUACCAAUAUUCAUAACACAAUGUGUAACAAUAUCGGCAUGGAUGCUCCACUUUCCAAGAUGACGGAUUGCUUUUCACCAUCUACCUUUGUUGCACUUCCAUCAUUCAGAGAAUUAACAGAAAAUGGUGUAUAUGUCACCUGCCCCCAGGACAUUCUGGACAAUUGA